GAUUGUUUAACAUUAUUUAAGUCAGGCUAUACUCAGAGUGGAGUGUACUCUGUGAACCCGGAUGGUAGGGGAUCCUUCAAUGUAUAUUGUGACAUGCGCACUGAUGGUGGAGGAUGGACCGUGUUCCAGAGAAGACAAGAUGGCUCGGUAGACUUCUAUCGCGGCUGGAACGAUUACAAAUCAGGCUUUGGUCAGCUGACGGCUGAGUUCUGGUUGGGAAACGACAAGAUCCACAGGCUGACGGCCGCUAGACCCAGUACUUUGCGAGUGGAGCUAGAGGACUGGAACGGAGUAAGAGUGUAUGCCAAAUAUGGCAAGUUUAACAUUGGUGAUGAGCAGGCGAAGUAUCGACUCAAAGUGGGUUCAUAUUCAGGGACUGCAGCAGAUUCGCUAGCAAAUCAUCACAAUAACACAGCGUUUAGCACAAAAGAUAGAGAUAAUGACAAUCAAGGAAGUAACUGUGCUGUCAGAUGUACUGGUGCCUGGUGGUACAACGCUUGCCAGAACUCCAAUCUCAACGGAAGAUACUUGGGCAAACAGCAUGACUGGUCAGGACUUCGCUGGUAUCAUUUUAGAUAUGACCUUUCACUCAAAUUCACUGAAAUGAAACUGAGGCCGUCAUCUUAAAGAGACUAACAUUUCUGGCAAUAUGGCAAGUUAACCAUUCUGUUGAUAGCAUUAAUUUGCGGUCUCAUAAUUUGCCUUGCAGCUAGACGUAUUCUCCCUUACUUCUAGCUGUUGGUCCGAAUUAUUAUCCAGCGAAAAUAGCACAAAAAGUUCGAGACGGUGAAAAAGCAAAUUACACGUUUCGUAGUAAGUUAACAAAUCCAUUUGAAGUGACUGAGACAUUCAAUUCCUUAUUUUGGAGUAAGUUCCCCCAGGCGCCUUAAUGUUUAUUGUACUUCUUCCAUACACUGUUAUAUAGUGAUCCUCAGAUUUUACCGAGAAACAAAAAAGACCAUACGAACAGAGGGUGCUUUUCCUGUGCUUUGAACUUAUAAAAACAACCUGAUAAGGAAAUUUCGGUCCUAAAAAAUGAAAAUAUAAUAUACUAAUAUCUACAGAUCCUAUUGUUGGUUUUCACAUGACGUCACUAAAAUUCAAACUAAAAGACCAUCGAUCCUACCGUGAUUUUACUUUCACGAUGUAUUAGAGCAGCUGAAAACUGAUUUUCAUACAAAUUUUCGCUUUAAAGGGGUUCUUGGUUUUGUGAUAGAGUACGCUUGAAUUUCUAAGCUUUUGCGUGACGAAGCAUGACCGCCAAGAGAGUUGUCAUGCACAUGUAGGUUAAAAAAAUGACUUAUUUCAGGAAAUUUGGCUAUCUAAACAGUUCAUGUAUUACAAAAAGUAUUACUUUAAUGUUUAUGAGUUUCUCGAAGAAUAAAUUCACGCUUUUGUAGCAAAACUCGGUAUCAGAUGUUUCUGUUGGUUUCCGUCCGUCAUGUUGGAGCUCAUCCAGGUGAGCACCAGCAUGGCGUCUCCAUACAAAUCUCUAUAAGUUUGGGUAAAACAUUUCUUCGGAUAUCUCGUAUACGAAAUAUUCCUCUGACCUGAAUCUUCGCGAGGGUCUUUGUAUAUGUACCUCCUUUCAUUUCCCAGAUUCUGGACUUUAUCUAUUAAACGGUUUUGAUUGUUAUUUUGAUCUAUUUUGAAUGGCGUGACACACUGAAAACCAGCAAUAAGUUACUAGACUAUAACUAACUAUAUGAUAUAUUCUACAGCUGAUUGUCGUUUUUAAAGUUAGUUACUUUUUUCAAAACAUCUUUCAUUCAAUUUGGCGUAUUUUUAUCAUAUAAUCAUUGUCUUUAUAGUGCUAAAAACGAUAGCAGAAGAUGAAUAACAUUUAUGAUUUUACAUUUAACUAUUGCUGUUUUAUUAUUAACACAAACUGAUAAGAAGUAACCUGUCUGAUGAGAGAAGUAGUGUCAUCGAGAUAUUAGAGAUAAUAUUUGUGAUCGUAAACUUAAUUAACUUAAGCUAUCUGGGUGGCUGGUUAGUCUGUAAUUAUAAAAAUGACAUGUUCAGCUUGAAAACUGCGAGGUGUUUAUUUGUUGUUGCUGUUGUUGUUGUUUUUUUAAUAUACUUCGACAACAAUUAAACUGUACCAAAAACAAAGAACAUGAAGUAGCUAGCAACAUUUCUGGGCAAAACAAGGCCGUUAAACGACAAUGAAUCUACGCCAUACGCUACAAGGAACGGCGGAACGCGCAAGUCAGUUGCGAUAACCAGGCAGUGAGUGUUCUGUCGCAAUUUGUAAUAAUCAUCGCACUUUGUAAUACCUGUCGCAAUUUGUAAUAAAUCCAUCGCACUUUGUAAUACCAGUCGCAAUUUGUAAUAAACCGUGUCGCACUUUGUAAUAAAAAAGUUGUCACAAUUUGUAACAACUGUCCAUCGCACUUUGUAAUAAACUAAGCUGUCACAAUUUGUAAUAAUUCCAUCGCAGUUUGUAAUAACUUUUUGAGAGUAAUUAAAGUUACUUCGUCAACAUUAAUAUAAUGCCAAAAUAUGCAUGGUGCUUCAUAAACAAAGAUGAUAACGUCUGCUAGCACGUAACACCUCCGCUCAUUCAAACAUUUAACUUUAUUCACAAUCCUAGACAUUUUUUUUUUAGAUUAAUGUUGAUUAGUUAUCUGACUUACGAAAUGCUGUAUUCUUAAACCUUGCUAUUGUACUAGGUGAUUUGCAUUCAAUGGUUACCCGGUGGGUGAACUUCCUUAUAUGGCCAAUACGGGGAUGUGCCUCUGGACAGAGCAUUGUCAGAGUACAGAAUCUAGACACAAACGAGCCAUUAUUAAAAAGCAUUUAAUUUCCGCAAAUCGUAACAUUCAUCCUACAUCAUUCGAAUAAGGACACCAGGAGAGUUAAAGCUUUCCUUGUUAGAUCCUAUAACAGGUCGACACAACACGUGGUUCACCGUCCUUGUCUAACGCGCAGUCUUAAAGAAGUAAUAGUGGCUUCCAUAUUUUGGCCAACUUACUCAAACGAGGCCUGGAAAGAUUCAAAAUGUUUACUGCAAAUAAACAAAAAACGUCACAAGCGGCAAACCGUCGAACCACAACAGAAACCUAAACACAAAAUCCAAUUAGUCGCUGACCAGUACCUUCGUAUGUAUCUGUUGUUAUAACACUCACUUGGGGUCUUACACUGAGCCGGCUGGGCAUUUAGUCCAUUAUUCUCAUUUGAUUUGGCCCCAUAUAGGAACAAAAGGAGUACUCAUUCCAUCUUAAAACAAUUUUUUUCUAUAAGGAGUCCUCUAAAACAAAUACCGUGGGGAUAGUAAAAAAUUAUCCUUCCCUGCAUAUAUACAACUCGUAAGACCUUGCAAUUCUUCCGAGCGAGGAUUACUGUUUUUCCACAAAAUGGAAAGGAUGAAAUAAACCAUCCAUUACUACUUGAGUUACCCUAUCUAAGGAUCAAACCAAAGACACAAGGCCAACGAGGUAAAAAAUGAUAUGCAUAUUUAGGCAUCAUAUUAAUGUUGACGAAGAAGUUGAAUCACUCUCAAAAAAUUAUUACAAAGUGCGAUGGACUGCUAUUACAAAUUGCGACAGCUUUUUUAUUACAAAGUGCGACACGGUUUAUUACAAAUCGCGACAGGUAUUACAAAGUGCGAUGGAUUUAUUACAAAUUGUGACAGGUAUUACAAAGUGCGAUGGAUUUAUUACAAAUUGCGACAGGUAUUACAAAGUGCGAUGAUUAUUACAAAUUGCGACAGUACAAGUGAGGCCCUGUGUAGGUUAUUUCCGACGAAAUCAAAGUUUCGACAAUUGCUAUGAGAUUGAUGAAACGACGAUCUUAGAGAUUUAAACGCUAGCGACAAUUAAGAAAAUGAUCGCAAACGAUCAAGGCUGGGAGGGUAAUUAGUCGUACCAUCCAUGGACACCAAAGGAAAAAAUUUUUGCUAUAUAUAGAGUUAUUGCUUUAAUACUUAGUAUUAAAAUGAAACAAAUUAGCUUCGACGAUAUCGUUUUCGUAGUCAUCGCGUGGUUGCUAUCCUGUCCUUUUAUUGUUAUCCAGUUACGCUUAAAGCGUAAAUUAACUAGCGACGAAAGUGAGUAAGGAUGCUUUGAAGUGUUUAGAAAGGGGAUGGUCAGUGUUAGGCCUUGAGGGGUUAUGCUAAAAAAACUGCAGUUAAAAUUAGCAAAAAAAUAUCCCCAAAAGUUGGUUAUGACAAGAAAACGAGUACAGUUUCAGUUCAGUUACAGUUUUUUGCGAAUGCGUAGAUUAUCAAAUUUUUCUGGUGAAUUGAUGUUGACGGAGAACAGAUGUAGAACCGAGAAUGAAAUUUUAAAAUGUGAACAUGUGGAGAGAUAUGCUUCGACAGUGAAGAAUUGAGAGGCUGUCCGCGUAAGAGCCGAUAAGGCAAAUUUCGGUCUAUCACAGAUUGCCCUGAUUUUUCCAGUGGAAGAUAACUAUCCUAUCCCAUGAAGAAAUAUCACAUUUAUUUGGACCAACUCAAUUUUUUCUCUAUAUUACAAGAAGAUUUUCUCGGUCACCUAAAACUGGCCAGUUUGCCUUCGGAAGUGGUGCGAUUUUGGUGAAACUUUAGGGCUCUUGCAAACCUGCCUUACAAAGCCGAAUAAGCUGAUUAUUUUACACACAAAAGUUUUAACUCUCGUUAAUAGUUUCAAAGUUCAAUGGUUGCAUUCUGUGAAAAGUUGGCUGAGAUAUGAUUUUUUUCAAAUGUCCUUUUAUUUGAUAAGAAGGAAAAGUAAUUCGCAUAACUAGAGCUGAACGGUAUUCGCAAAAGUGGCGCCUGACCCAGACUCAAGUCUAUGGUAAAAGAGAAGUACUAAGACCAGUCUACUUCUUAAUACAAUAAUUUAAAAUUUGUGGGCACUCUUCUUUGCGUGCUGUACAAAGUUCCGUUAAUGUUCCAAAAUUCGCCAUUUUGACAGCAAAGCUGGAAUUUUAACGGUCUGCAUCGGAUCGACUAAUUUCCACAGCUUUAACGUUUCUAGUUACCACCAAAUGCUAUUAGACCCUUUAAAUGUUGAACUUUCGAAAACAUGUGAAGAAAACUUGGUAAUCGCUUUUUCUUGUUUUUUUUUCUUGUCGACGAUGAACAUGACUUCAUUCUCCGUAUGCAAAUUAGCCUUAGAUGCGUCGUUUCAACAAAUACAAGGAAAUAUAAUACCUGUAUUUCAUAUUUUUAAGGGAAAAAUAUCCCUUCUUUCCACGGAAAAACAAGAACGUUAUAUGACUUAGAAUCCCCUUAGGUCUAUUUCUUUUACGAGGAAGAAGCAGCAGAAGAAGAUAUGUUUACGCGAAUUAAAAUCAUUUAACUACUGUGGCCCGUCAUGCAUUCUCCCAGAGUGACCGUGUAUCGAUCAGUUCUUUUAUCUUAUUAUAUCGUUUUUGAAGUGAUAGUUAUUGAUAAUCAUACAAUGUAAUCACUGUUGAUUCCGAUUCUUUACUGGGUGGGAAAUACCGUGCUGCUGUAUUUAUUCAUUCUACGACCGUUUUAACUAAGUCAGUAUCCCCGGGCGCCACUAGUAGGGUUUAAUAUGACAGCCCAAGGUGUAAUACACGACAAUUAGCUACAAAGUAUUCACUUGGACACAGCCACUCUUAUUCUCGAGCACUAGCACAAUGUUUUAAAUUACAGAAUGACAAUUAAUCUUUGGGAAAUCUCUCGCAAACAACUUCAGAAAUACCGUGCGACACCACAGGACCACACCUGCAAAGUCCUUUAAGCAGGCUACCCUACAAACUUUACGGUGGUUUUAACAGAGCAUUGUGUUUAUCGCUAAUUAACAACAUUUCAGUAAAAAUUAGGAAUGGUAUGUAGAAAAAGGCAUAGCUUUUUGUUUACGGUCCGUCUCCUGUUAAAUCUCAAACGUUUUUGCGGGCUGUUAAUCACACUAAAUUAAGGAUCCCUAUGUUGUCUAAGUUCACUCCUGAGCUGAUGGAUUAAAGCACGUGCACUCUUGUAUGAAAGACGAAAGUUUGUAAAUUAGGUCUCUCUUUCUUUCCGUGGAUUUGAAUGGUAUUUCAAAGUGACACAAGAUUUUUUUAGCAUUACCCAGGGCUGUAGCUAGGUUUUUUGUAACGGGGGCAUUAACGCAAGUGCGGAAGACACGAGCCUUGUAGGGGGGUCUGGGGGUAUCCUCCCCCAGAAAAUUUUCAGAUUUGGAGGCUCCGAAAUGCUAUUUUCAGCACUUGUCAUGAAGAUAUGUCUCCGAAAAAUAGACCUCGAAGAUGAAAAUGGCAAACAAUUGCAAAUCACUAUAAUCAAAAUAAUUGAGUCUAAAGAAAACAAAUCCAUCCAAAGACUUGAUUUGUCCGGCUCAAAAGGUCCAGGGGGGAGGAGCAGCUGCCCUACGGCUCUGUUACCACGUUGAACUGACUAGGUUGAUCUUCCUUUGACAAACACAAAGGUUGAGAGCUUCUGAUUGAGGGUGUUGUGGUCUCAAUUAUUCUUCAGCGAUUCCUGCAACAAGAUUUGCCUUUCGAACACCUCGUCUUCUUGCAGCAGAUCUCUAUGGUCAAGUUCAAUUUACAUUCAACUUCAUUACAUUGGUUAUUUCGUCCAUUGCCUUAUUGUAAUUACACUUAGGACUAUGUUUAGGUGUUGACUCAAACGGGCCUAGAGUCCAACAAGGGCUGGCAAUAGGUGAGCACGGAAUUGGAACGGGGAUGGGGGGAACUCCCUAUGAUGGCCUAUACAGGGAGGCUUCGCCCGAAAGGGGUAUCUUUUUCAGGCUUCAGGUAUAUGAAAGGGUAGGCUUUCACUAGAUGAAGUAUAUGAAAGGGCGAGUGCGCGUAUUGCAGGCUUAGCAGCAUCUUUGGCGGUUCUUAAAGAAAAAAGAACUAAGUUUAAGAAUUUAAGGAAAAAGUAGAAGGACUUAAUUUUUUAGAAAUUAAUAUACACAGGAGAAAUUUCACCCCUUUAAGUAUAAAUGCUUGUAAAUGUAGAGGUGGAACCGGGGGAGAGAGGGUGGAUGGUAAAGUAGGUUAAAAAUGAAGAGAUGAAAGGAGCACUUUGAUGGAGCACAUUGUUUAAAAAAAGAAAAAAAAACAGCAAUCUGGAGGCAUUUUUGAAGACUUAAUGAAAACGUUAUCAAAACAAGAAAAACAGCGAAAUCUUGUCCAAUAAACCUCUCCGGCAAAGGUGUGGACAUGGUUGCUGACUGCUCAAUCGUACUCUUCUCGACCCUUUGGCGUCAAGUUUUUUCACGUUUCUUGCGACAGGAGGACUGAACAUUCUGGUACUUUUAAGUCUCACUAAUUUUUACAAAACCAGAGACAUGUUUUAAACACUGUUUAAGUUAAAAAAAUUAUUUUUAUUGCAAGAAUGAAAUACUUUUUAUACACGUCCCCAGGACAUUCCUCUUAGAAAAUGGCAGGGGCGGGAAAGCCCUGGGGACGAGGUUGAAUCCUGACUACGUGCAAGUAGAAAGUUCUCUCUUUUUUUCCCAUUGAUAAUGCUUUUCAAACAAUCAUCAGAAAACUAUCUUUUACAACACACGAAUUAACCUUUAUGUAUAGUAUUUUGAA